CAAAUGGCUUUGGUGUCCGCAAAAGUGUUCAGUGAUGGCUGUAGCGGCAGCUGCCACCAGAUGGCAGCAUAUUUGGCAUCCAAUACCCACGAGUCUGGAGUACGACUGGCUUCUGACGCUUGUCAUCCCAUGUGACGUCAGUCGUGGAAUCGUCCAGACAUGGAAUGAUAGGGGUGCAAAAGCGGAUAGUCUGACGAACUAACCCGGUCCAGAACCCGCCCAAGGCUUCGCAGGUAGUGUAGUGCCACAGAGAUGCUGGUUUUGUCACAUGUGUUAUCUCAUCGCGUUUAGACUUCACCCUUCUUCUUCUUCUCUCAAUAUGCACGACGAUAGA